CCUGAGUCGGUGUGCAGCACGAAUUGUCCUCCAGGGACUCGGAUGGCUAGACAGAAGGGACAGCCUGUCUGCUGCUUUGAUUGUAUUCCAUGUUCUGAGGGAAAGUUCAGCAAUGCAACAGGUUUGUGCCAUGAUUCGCUGUCAGGUUUACGUACAAGAUAUUGUUGGAGGAGUGAUACAAAAACACUAAUUAUAGAAUGAAAUAAAGUGGUCUUGGUUUAUUUGCAUCGCGUAGCCUGAUGACUCUUAAAAAUGCAAAUUAAAAGAUCAUUGGAAUAGCUACACCUGCGAACGACAUGAGCCGUGUUUCCAUUGCAGGAACUUCAGGGUAAAUUCUAGGAGGGGGAAAUUGAGCAGGAGUCACAAUGUCCCGGUACUCUCCGCCCUUUCAGGACUUUGAACAGACGCCAGCCUACCGCGACUGCACCAGCAGUGAGAGAUGUCACUGAUCUGCGCCAAAAAGCGUCCACAAUAACUUUAAAAGUUUUAUUCAAAGUCCAGCAAUGUUUAAUGUAUUCAGAGGAUGAGAGCAGCUGCGUGAUGUAAAAUGUGGCGUUCAAUGACCAGAGGAAGCUCUGUUUUUUUACGGCACUUUGUGAAACCACAAAGCCCUGCAAAUUACGUUGUUGUGGGGAAAUCCUGCCGUGUUUUCCGGUGUUGGGAGAUUAGUAAGGCUAAUUUAAAACAGCGCGGUUGGUGCUUACCUUCUUUUGCAUCUAUUCUGCUUCACCAGCAACUCUUCUAAUUUUACUACUGUCGGUUAUGUUGAACAGCGUCUGCGGAGGUCAUUUCCUACUGAGGUACAACCUAUCAGCGCGAGUUAAACUAACGUUCGACUCAGCAACUCCACCGGGUCAUCCCGAGUACCUACCCCUGAUCAGGUAGCAGAAAGUUCCUGAAAAUGGCGCAGGAAACAGCUGGCCCGUUCAAGUUGAAGCAUGCGCAUGUCAGGAAGUUACGGUAAAAAAAAACUGAAGUUCCAGUGGAAACACAACUAUAUUCUAUGGACCCUUUUCACCUUACUGUUAGGUAGAACUGACAAAGAACACCAACAGGAUAAAGUACAUUUUAAAAAGCCAAAUAAAUUAAAAUAUGUUUUCUUUUGAUUUCUUAGGCUCUGCUGAGUGCAUCAGCUGUCCAGAAGACUUCUGGUCUAGUCCCCUGCGUGACCUGUGUGUUCCCAAGAAAACAGAGUUCCUCUCCUAUCAAGAGCCUCUGGGUGUUUGCUUGACAACAGCGUCAGUGCUCGGCACAAUUAGCUGCGCCGUUGUUUUAGCGAUCUUCACCUGUCAUCGUCAAACACCCAUGGUGAAAGCCAACAAUUCAGAACUGAGUUUCCUCCUCUUAUUUUCACUGAAGUUAUGUUUCCUGUGUUCGCUGCUGUUCAUUGGACAACCCAGACUGUGGACAUGCCAGCUGAGACAUGUAGCCUUUGGGAUCAGCUUUGUUCUUUGUGUUUCAUGCAUCCUGGUUAAAACCAUGGUGGUUCUGGCUGUGUUCAAGGCUUCCAAGCCAGGAGGUGGCGCAAAUCUCAAGUGGUUUGGUGCUGCGCAACAGAAAAGAACAGUUUUUGCCCUUACUUGCAUUCAAGCUGCAGUUUGUUCUGUUUGGAUAGUGAUGGCCUCACCAGUACCUCAUAAGAAUAUCCAGUACCACAAUGAUAUAAUAGUUUAUGAGUGUUUAGUUGGUUCCAUUAUUGGUUUCAGUGUUUUACUUGGCUACAUCGGCAUGCUAGCUGUGAUCAGCUUUAUUUUAGCAUUUUUAGCAAGAAAUCUUCCAGACAACUUCAACGAGGCCAAACUCAUCACUUUCAGCAUGCUGAUCUUCUGUGCCGUGUGGGUGGCCUUUGUUCCUGCUUACAUCAGCUCACCUGGUAAAUAUGCAGAUGCAGUGGAGGUGUUUGCCAUCCUGGCUUCCAGUUUUGGACUUUUGAUGUCUCUGUUUGGGCCUAAAUGUUAUGUAAUAUUGAUGAGACCAGAAAAAAACACAAAGAAAGCCAUAAUGGCCCGGGGCACAAAGUAACAAUAAUUCCAUUGACAGAAGGAAAUCAGUUAAAUGUAAUAAUUUGUAUUCCUCCGUUGCUAUGCUUCACAGACCCUUUUAGUUGGUUUGUUUGCCGACUUAUCGCUAGUCUGAGUCACAGGGAGCUUGUGCCUCUCACUAGCAGUGUGAGGUAGGGUCACACCCUUUCAACCGUUUCUGUUAAACAGCUUUUUUUUUUUUUUACUGAUAAAUGUAAUGCACAUUUUUCUCCCCUGGAUAUCAUAUUCUUACUUGAGUUACUUAGGCAUUGCCAUCUAACAGAGUACAACCUCAUCAGCUAUCUCCUAUCGGGGCAACAGCAUCACAAUCAGGGACCUAAAAAGACUCAACAACCUGAUAAAAAGGCUGCUUCUUUUCUGAGGACUACUGUGGGAAAAUGAUGGACAACAUUGAGCUUCGUCUUUAGGACACUGUCAAGCAACAGAGCAUCUUCAGUCAGCGGCUUCUUCAGACCUGCCGUAACACUAACUGCUACAGGAGAUCCUGCCUGCUCACAGCCAUCAGCAUAUUUAACCACUCGGUGAAGAACAUAUGACAUCAUUAUUGAUACAACUAUUGUAUUUCUAUUAUUGCUUCAGAGAUUAUGAAUUAAAACAUUUAAUUUCUCUCUGGUAUUAUUGAAGCAUUU